CCUCCAUCAGGCUGGGUGAGUGAGGGAGCAGCUUCCAGUCGCUGCCGGUCUGCGCCCCGAACGACCUCCUGCGCUUUAACCGCGUGGAUCCCGGUGUUUUCGUGCGCAAAAGACGCGGCGGACACACGGCGGACGAUGGCGUCUGUUCGCGCGUGCGCGCUGCAAACUACUUAUUGAAAUAACGGACAAUCCAACGACCCAAGAAAGCUUCGUUUUAACAAAACCCCCAAAACAAAACAAAACCCCCCACUUAUAUCGGACUUUUGCGAUCCGCCGCCAGGCCGCCGGACCAGGCGUCUCCGCCGCGCCGCCAUGCGCGCGCUGCUGUCGGCGUGGAUGUGGCUGCUGCUCGGUCUGCUGCCUCCGGAGGUCCAGUCCCGGGCUUCCACGCUGCAGAGUCUCACCCACAGACAGAGGUCUAGUUCGCCCAGAACAUCAAAAUGCCCAAAGUCUGCAAACGCCGCCAUCAUGAUGCCCACUCCAUCUGAUCUGUCUGUUGCCGUUGACAACCACAUCACCGAGGGAGACACGCGUAUCAUCUGGAGGGCCCUGCUGCACAAAGAGCCCCCGCCAAGGCUGUCCGGCGCGUUGCUCGACCGGAGAGACAGCGUGCUGUGGGAAGCGACGGUCCAGCGCCGUGGCUCACGAGGUCGUCGCCACGCCAACGGUGGCGGCGGGAGGGGUCACAGCCAUCUAAUGAGGGUGGGGUGUGUUCUAGGCACCUGUCAGGUUCACAACCUCAGCCACCGUCUCUACCAGCUAGUUGGACAGAGUGGAAGGGAAGACUCGUCCCCCAUUAACCCACGCAGUCCUCACAGCUACGGAUAAUGAGUCUACUAAUGCCUUUAUUGUCAAAUGUUCAGUUUAAAAAAAACGUUCAACUUCCUACUUAUGUUAGAAAACACCAUUGUCUUACUAUGUUAAUAUAUCAUUUAUAUAACCUUCAUUUUAUCCCCAAACACAUUUGCUUUUCCAAUUUUGUACUUUACGGUGUACAGACCUCUUCAAAGAGACAGAGUUAGUCCUCGAUUUAGCAUCUGAUCUCAGCUGCCGUAGAAACCGUAUAAUCACUCUCAUGAUUAAUAAAUUGACCGCCCGGAUCUGGAAAUAAAAAAAAUCCUGGGUUAGUAGAAAAAAAGUGUCCCUGAGCAAGACACCUAACCCCUAAUUGCUCCCCGGGCAAAAUGUAAAAGCCAUGGGUUUGAAGUGUAAUGUAAGUCGCUUUGGAUAAAAGCGUCAGCUAAAUGACCUGUAAUGUAAAAUAUCUGUCAAACUGCCAAUAUCAAUCACAGCAUGCAGGGAACUCACAGGAGGACCCAGAGUCACAGGACAGAGAGCCCAUGAUCAUUGCUUUGCACUUUGAAUCGGCGCCUCAAGAUUUUGCCAAAGGUUUGUACGGCAGCUUGCUGCAUAAACUGCCACCAACAUUUGACAUGUGCUCACUUUUGAGAUCCCCUCGACUGGUGGCUGGUUUUAAACAUUUAACGUACAGGAAACAUUACGUUUCUUUCGCCAUCCGUCUCUGACGUAGUGAUAAAACCACGUUUUCAGAUUGCAUGUUAGGAUUCUGGUGAGUACAACAGUGGAUGCAAUAAUCUACUCUACAAAAAUGAAUUGUAAUAAACUGAAAUUUAACUUACAGCUGUUUAACAGUUCCAUGUAGGGUGCAGUGAAUAUAGUCAUAGGUGCUUUGUUAUUAUACUAUAUAUCUAAACAAGGAAACUGAAUGGGAGAAGCCUCUUUUGUUCUGGCCCACCUGACUAAUGUAAACUACCGUCAUCAGUGUUGAUCCUGCUGAUCUGAACCUACUGGAGCACAGCGCCGAUCCACCACGUCUCCUUAAAUGACCUCCAUCUCCAAACAAGUAGCUUUACUUCAGCUCAAACAGAAACCUAGAAUAACCAGCAUUUAAACCACAUUAAGCCUUCCCCCAAAAGCCCACAGAGAACACAAUUAGCCGGAAUAACCACUAGUCUUAAUCCGUGAUCCGUCUGGAUCGUAUCUUAACAAGGACAACUUUAAUGUUCAGUGUAAGCUGUUAAUCUAUGACGCAUCUUUUUGAUUUGUGCCACUAUUGGGUCCAUUUUUAGACGUAAUUUCCUUUGUAUUGCCUUUCACCUCUCUAAAACAUUCAUCACUGUGAAAGUUCAUUAUCAAAGUGUUAUUUAAAGCUUUAUAAUCUUCUGUUUUUCUGUGUGUAUCAGUUCAUGUAUCAUGUUUAGAAGGAAUAUGUUAUUUAACUUAAGACCAUUUAGCUGUAAAUGUCCCACUUUACUAAAUACUUGUGUGAGCGCUCUUUCAAGGUACAAGUGUGUUUUUGUACAAAAUAUGUGUUGCUUUCAUCUAAAACGUAGUUGCAGCAUUGUGUAUUAAAACGCCAAUAAAACCUUCACAUGUAUUUUUUCUGUCUAAAA